AACAAAAAGAGUACCACGUAACUGUGCUUCCCACAAGAUCUUUGCCACGUGUCCCUCUACAAGAUAAAAUUUCGUCUUACUAGGUGCAACGUGGCUGUCCUCGAACGGCUGGUCGGUUCAUAUGAACGGUCGAUGGUAGACUCCAGACGCGGCAUCCGUCACUCGCGCUGCCGUGUGAGCCCAAGCUUCGAACCAUCAGUCCAUGACUAAACCAGCUGUUAUCUUUCCCAGCACUCAAAGCUUAUAUUUAGCGGCCAGCCUCCUCAUUGGAGCCAGAAGCAUACUAGAGUAAACAAAGAAGUAGCGGUGUAGUGUAGCUGGUAACUGGAGAGCAAACUAUGGGUAUUUUAGACCAUUUUUCGGAACUCUGCUCGCUCCCUAGCGACCACCGAAGGUCCAAGAAACAUAAGCAGUUUCAGACGGUGGAGAUGAAGGUGAGAAUAGACUGUGAAGGGUGUGAGAGGAAGGUGAGGAAAGCUCUGAAAGGAAUGAAAGGGAUUAGCACUGUGGAGAUAGAGCCGAAGCUGAACAAGGUGACGGUGACGGGGUACGUGGAUCCGAAGAAGGUGAUACAGAGGGUGAGGUGGAGGACGGGGAAGAUGGCGGAGCCGUGGCCGUACGUGCCCUACGACGUGGUGCCCCACCCUUAUGCCCCCGGGGCCUACGACAAGAAGGCUCCUCCCGGGUACGUGCGCGACGUGAUGGACGACCCCAGGCUCGCCCCAAUCGCACGUGCCAGCUCCAUGGAGGAGCGCUACUCCACCGCCUUCAGCGAUGAGAACCCCAGAUCCUGUACCAUCAUGUGAUCAGCACAUGCUUAGCUACGUAACUUAAUUUUUUUUUCUUUUCUUUUCGUUCUCUCUUUUGGGGAUUGUUCUCUCUUUUUCUUGUACAAAAGAAGAGAGAGUCUGGGGAAGAAGUGGGUAUGAGUAAUGGUCUGAGGUUGAGUUGGUGGUGGUUAGAUUUGUGUUUUACUAUUUGCUAUCUGUUGUAUUCUGUACUUGUUCCAGGUGUCUAUGGCAAGGGAAUGGCUUCUUUUUUGUUCUUUUU